AUGUUCUACACAUGGCUUUUGCUGCUGAGCACGUUUAUUGCAACCUCGGGGCGGGAGUACCUGAAACAAGGGAGGAAAUUGUAUUGGCAGACCGAUGAUCCGAAUCAAGGGCCGAACAACGGACAUCCGGAACAGGUAGAGGGACACUAAAAAUGAAAGGUUUAAUGUAUAAAAUUAUUUAUAUGCAUAUAAUAUAUUUCAACCGCAGACUGCAGUGCUUCUAGAAAAAGAAUAGAAAAAGAAUCCCUUUUUGUCUUACCUUACUCGAAACUUUAGAUCCACCUUUCCUACCUUAAUGACACAGCUGUGAUUGUAACUUGGCUUACGUUCGACGACGUCGGCGAUUCCUUCGUAAUUUAUCACCAAGAAGGUGGUGAAAGCAAAUUCAAACGAUUGGCCAACGUCACUCAUUUUGGUGGAGGACUUCUGAAGAUCGACAGAUAUGUUCAUCGAGUUGUCAUGACAAACCUUACUCCCGGAAGCUAUUACGGUAAGUUGGCAAAAAGAGGGUGUUUUUUUUGGAGUGAGACGGCCAGAUAUUGAUGAAACUUGGCACUACCCUUUCAUUAUGGCUUCUCCAAGUCUACAUAUUUAGCCUUUGAAUUUUAACUUUACAGUUUAUUAUGUCGGCUCCGAGCACGGUUGGAGCCACGAGUUCAGAUUCAGAGCUUUAAAAGAGCGACCAGAAGGAGGGCAUCGAUACGGCAUUUAUGGUGAUUUGGGAGUCCUAAACGCGCGAGCUCUUGGAAGAGUUGAAGAUGAUGUGCGAAACGAAGAAUUGGAUAUGAUCUUUCAUGUGGGAGACUUCGCUUACGAUUUGCAUACAGUAAGAAGAUUUUAAAGCUAUUGGAAAAACUUUUGCUGCAAAGCCCAUAACUGUAUCGGUAGCUGCAAAGGUACAGAGUGGUCGAAAGGUUAUACUGAUGUCAAAUGUGGCUGUGUUAUUAAGAAAAAUUUUUUCAGCUUGACGGCCGCAUUGGCGACAAAUUUUUCCAUCAGAUCGAACCUGUUACGGCUAAGGUUCCGUACAUGGUCUGUCCGGGAAACCAUGAGUAUAUCGGGAACUUCUCCCACUACAUGCACCGGUUCACCAUGCCCAAUACGGAGCAUAAUUUGUUCUACAGGUAACACAGUGAUAUUUUUUUGAUGUUGUGUCCGUUUUCAGUUUUGAUCACGGAAAAGUUCAUUUUGUAUCCAUCACUACCGAGAUUUACUACAAUAUGUAUCUGUUGACUGACACAAAACAGAAUUUUAUCGAUGACGUUCAACGGGGCCAGUUGCAGACGCAAUGGAAUUGGCUUGUCGCGGACUUGAAGGUGAGAAAACACAUUUUAUUCAUUUUUCAUUUUCUCGGUGUUCUAACUGAUCCAGUGGCAAAAAAACGUACCGCUUUAAAUCAGGGAAGUACAAAAAAAUGUAGCAAAAUGCCUCCCUCUCCACCUAAAAAACUCUGUUUUGAAGGGCCCUUUUCCUCACAAAAAAAGCGGGCGCACGUUCGAGUUUUUUCACUUUCAAGAGGGAGGUAUUUUGCUACAUUUUUUGGUACUUCCCGGAUGCAAAAUGAUACGCUUUUUUCCGCUGAAUCAGGUCCGCGACUAUACAUUUUAUAUAGCAAAGGAAAUGCUCCAAAUACGGCGCUUAGACUUUGAUGAAACUUCUCCAAAAUCUUGCAUAUGCCAUCGAAAACGUUAACGAAAAUUUGUGCAAAGUUUUAACAAAAUUCUCGCCUCGCGCUUUGACCACUUUUUCAGUUAAUAAUCUUUAAAGAAAUUUUAAUUUUUCGCAUUUUUUAUCCAGAAAGCCAACGCCAACCGACACAACGUCCCCUGGAUAAUCGUGAUGGGACAUCGGCCAAUGUACUGCAGUACAAAGUCCAUCAUAGCCGAGUGUCGCAGCAAGACCGUCCGCACUCGGGUCGGAAUCAACGGCGAAUUUCAAUUGGAAAAACUGCUCUACGAAAACGGCGUUGACAUGGAAAUUUUCGGCCAUGAGCAUAGCUAUGAGCGGAUGUAUCCGCUGUAUAAUUAUGUGGUCUACGAUUACGUCAAAAAUCCGUAUUAUGACCCUCCGGCGCCAGUUCAUAUCAUCACUGGGUCUGCGGGCUGCAUUGAAGGGGGAAAGGAAUUUACGAAAACCGCUCCUAAAUUUACUGCUUAUCGCUCGAAGGAUUACGGCUUUUCAAGACUUCAUGUAAUCAACGCAACGCAUCUUACUUGGGAACAAGUUAGAGCGCAUGAUGUAAGUGGAGGUCGAACCGAAGAAUUGAACUUACAGAGCCUAUGUAGUACUUUUUACGCAUUUUAGGCGCCACGCAUCCCUUUCAGAGGAUCUUAGCUUGCAGUGGCAGAAUAGGAGUCAACAAUUUUUGCAGCCUGGAGAGCACGCGAAAUGGAGAGAGCGGGGAGGGUUGGCCCACACUUGCGUUAAAAUCAGCCAACAUGUGAUUGCAACAAGAAAUUCUUUAGGCAAAUGCUGGCUGCCCGCAAAGUGGUUUUAUACAAGUGUUGUUAUUAGCUAUAGAACUUUUCAAAUUACAGCCCCGUAUUUUCAGGGCGUCGUUGAAGACUCCUUCACUCUGAUCAAACCCAAGCACGGAAAGUUUGAUUACAAUCAACUGAUGAAGUCUGGAACUUCGAUAGUAAAUGACCAACUAGGAUAG